UUGAAAGACUGAAAGAGAGAGGACUAUAAAUGCAAAGCGCUGGGCAUGGGGUGGAUACAGGCUAGAAUAUAGCUGAUAGUUCUGGUCUUUCCUUUACUGUUUCGUUUAUCCAUUGCAAUGGCAUCUUCUUCCUCAUUCAGCCUCGAAAUUAGCCAGGUAGUUCUUGAAGAAAACUCAUGUGUGCGCAAGGUGAUGCUAAACAGGCCUCAAAAGCUCAACAGCCUCAAUUUUGAGAUGGUUUCUCAAAUAUUUAAAGCAUUGGAAGCAUAUGAAAAUGAUUCUGCUGUCAAACUAGUGAUUUUGAAGGGGAAAGGAAGAGCAUUUUGCGCUGGUGGGGACCUAAUGGGAGUUUUCUACUCUGCAUUUGGAGGACACUGGAGCUUUGCUGCAAGAUUUUACAAGACACAACUUGCUUUAGACUAUUUGAUUGGUACCUACAAGAAACCUUUGGUUUCACUCAUAAAUGGAACUGUAAUGGGAGGUGGAGCUGGACUUUCAAUGCAUUCAAGGUUUCGAGUUGUCACAGAGAACACUGUAUUUGCUAUGCCAGAAACAAGUAUAGGACUAUUCCCAGAUGUUGGUGCAACCCAUUUCCUUUCUAAGCUGCCAGGCCAUUUUGGAGAAUACAUAGGACUAACCGGAGCUCGAAUGAAGGGUGCUGAAAUGCUUGCUUGUGGUCUGGCAACCCAUUUUGUUCCUUCAAAGAAUCUUUUUUUAUUGGAGAGCGCUCUAAAUCAGAUAACUUCUUCUGAAGCAUCAACAAUUUCAAACCUCAUAAACAAAUUCUCACACAAAGUGGAUGUCAAGCAGGAUUGUGCUUUCAAAAGAUUAGAGGUGAUCAACAGAUGCUUUUCAAGAAAAACAGUAGAAGAAAUAUUACAAUCACUUGAAAAAGAGGCUGCAGAUGGUGAUGAGAAGUGGAUUAAGGAAGCAAUAAGAUCUAUGAGGUCAUCUUCGCCAACAAGUCUCAAAAUAACUCUUAGAUUGAUGAGAGAAGAGCGCAAGCAAAAUCUUGAAGACACCCUACAUCGUGAUUACCUAAUUGCUUGCCAUAUGCUAAUGAGAAUAGUGAACAAUGAUUUUUUUGAGGGUUCAAGGGCCCUGCUAUUUGACAAAGACAAAAAACCAAAGUGGGAACCCUCAAGACUAGAGUUAGUGAGUGAAGAACGGGUGAAUCAGCAUUUUGCCAAAAUUGAAGAUAUUAAUUGGGAAAAACUUGAACUUCCUUAUGGGCGCAAUACCACAAACCAAGCAAUGGCAAGGCUCUAGCUAUAUUUGCCUAAUUGAUUGCACUAGAUAUUCAGGCAAAAGAAAAGAAACAUGUAAUCUCUCUGAUAUAUUAUGUGUAAUGAUUAGAGUAAGUUUAGCCAAUAAUAGGUAACAUCAAAGGUUGCAAUAUCAAUUCAAAAACAUAAGUUUAAUCAUGUGGAACAUCCUCGCACCAGAAAAAUAUCAUACUGUUUUCUUAAAUAAUAAUUUCGAAUUUGAAUCCCUCAUAUUUAGAUAAAAAAGAAAACAUAAUAAUUCUAAGUUCAAAUCUCCUACAUCCAACUGGAGGACAAAAAUAUACAUUGAAAAUAUAUCAUAUCAUUCAUCAAAGCAUAAGUGAUUACAAAUUUUGAGGUUGUGUUCAAUUAUGUAUACAAAGUGGUUGUAUUAUUGAGACGGUUUCAAUUAGAUCUACUAUUUUUUUCUACCAGAUCAAACAGAAUAAUGUUAUGUGCCAUAAUAUGAGGUUCUACCAAAAACUCACUGAACUUUUUUGAUUUAAUGGAUAAAGAAAGAUCAUCAUUUUAAUUUCCAUUAACGCUUGCAGCAAAAAUCAAUCUUAAAACAGAAACAUGUUCAUAACUAAGCCCCCUGGUUUCGAUAGAAUCUUAAAGAAGUUUUGGCACCAAGUUGAGGUAUAUAUGUUAUUCCAGUCCGUUAUUGUUGGAGAGUCAUUUGUACUAUUUUGUCAAGCCCAGAAUCCAAAAAGGCAGGUAAGUGAUUUCAAAACCCUUUUUUUUUUUUUUUU